CAACUUCAAGGCUACCAGCGACUUCCACUGCAACCUUUAGCUCACUUUCAUUGUUUUCUCAUCAACAUUAACUCGCCUUCCGCCUUCCGCCAUCACCCACGCCCGGCCAUCUCCGACCGCGCUCAUACGAAAAUAGUAUACAAACUUUGCGAUAGUGGACUAUUUCUCGAUUCGAGCCGGGAUCGGAUCGGAAAGACAACACCGCAGCGACGACGACGAUGCCGCCGAAGCGAAAGGCGGCGCCGGGGCAGGGAAAUGCGUCCAAGGCGGGACGAGCAUCUGCUAUGUCGACCCCGGGGCCAGCCACCCCGCGUAGUCUCGACAGCUCGAUAAUGUCCGAUGGCGAUGAGGACUUCGACGAGGAUGUGACCGAAGCCCAGAAGGAGCGCGAAGCGUUGCUGUCCAGGGAGGCCGACGAUUUCGUCAACAAGUUUACCUUUGGGGGCAAGCGCCUCCAAGGCCAAAACGACGAACUCGGCGGAGGGGGUAGGCGAUAUGAUGCGGCGACGGCCUUCUUUAGGAAACGGGACUUUUCCCACCUGCCACUGAAGCCCGACCACCAGAACCGCCCGCUGUGGAUCGACCCAGACAGUUGCACCGUCGUCCUCGAACGUUUCAACCCGCUGGCCGAGCAGGCGACCGACUUCCUCAUCACAAUCGCCGAGCCAAAGUCGCGGCCUACAUUCCUGCACGAGUAUGCCCUGACACCACACAGCCUGUACGCCGCCGUGUCGGUGGGCCUGCGGCCACGAGACAUCAUCAACACCCUUGAGCGUUUCUUGAAGACCUCGUUGCCCGAUGUCGUCCGCAUGAAGAUUGAAGACCACACCAAGAGUUUCGGCAAGGUGAAGUUAGUCCUCAAGCACAACAAAUACUUCGUAGAAAGCGUGGACGCCGAGGUGCUGCAGACCCUUCUCAAGGACAAAGUGAUUGGGUCGCUCCGCGUCCACGGGUCCGGCGAUAUCACGACCAGCUAUGCACCCACCAUGGGUGGUCUUGUCAUCCCGGGGACGCAGAAUGCGGCCGGCGUCCACCAGGCCAAUCUGAGGCAGGCUGAAAAGAAGCCCGGCGAGGGAGGGGACGCCUCCAACGAGGCCGACCUCUUCACCGCCCUGAAUGAAGAAGAUGACGACGACGAUAAAGAAGCCGUCCAUGCAUUUGAGAUUUCGGAUGCCAACGUCGAGACGGUCCAGAAGCGCUGUCUCGACAUAGGGUUCCCUAUCCUGGAAGAAUAUGACUUCAGAAAUGACGACGUAAACCCGAACCUCGAGAUUGACCUCCGCCCCAACACCCAAAUCCGCCCUUACCAAGAGAAGAGCUUGAGUAAGAUGUUCGGCAACGGCCGCGCAAAAAGCGGUAUCAUCGUUUUGCCGUGCGGUGCAGGCAAGACCUUGGUUGGCAUCACGGCCGCUUGCACCAUCAAGAAGGGCGUUAUCGUCCUAUGUACGAGUUCCAUGUCUGUUGUGCAGUGGCGCCAGGAGUUCCUCAAGUGGUCCAAUAUCAACCCGGACGAUGUUGCUAUUUUCACAGCCGAGAGCAAACAAAAGUUCUCCGGUAGCACCGGUAUCAUCGUCACCACGUACUCGAUGGUCACCAACAGCCGAGAACGGUCCCACGACUCAAAGAAGAUGAUGGACUUUUUGAGGGGCCGCGAAUGGGGUCUGAUGCUCCUAGACGAGGUCCACGUUGUCCCGGCCGAGAUGUUCAGGCGAGUCAUCUCGUCCAUAAAAUCGCACUCCAAACUAGGGCUCACGGCGACACUGCUCCGAGAAGACGACAAGAUUUCUCACCUUAACUUUCUUAUCGGCCCCAAGCUCUACGAGGCCAACUGGAUGGAGCUGUCGCAGCAAGGCCACAUCGCCAAGGUGCAAUGCGCCGAGGUCUGGUGUCCCAUGCCGACAGAAUUCUACGACGAGUAUCUGCGUGCCAACGCGCGCAUGAAGCGCACCCUUUACGCCAUGAACCCGCGUAAGUUCCAGGCCUGCCAGUACCUCAUCAACUACCACGAGGCCCGCGGCGACAAGAUCAUUGUCUUCUCGGACGAGCUCUACUCGCUCAAGCAGUACGCCCUCAAACUCAAAAAGGUCUUCAUCUACGGCGGCACGUCCCAGGCCGAGCGCAUGCAAGUGCUCGAGAACUUCCAGCACAACCCCGAAGUCAACACGCUCUUCCUCUCCAAAAUCGGCGAUACCUCCCUCGACCUACCGGAGGCGACCUGCCUCAUCCAAAUCUCAUCCCACUUCGGCUCCCGCCGUCAGGAGGCCCAACGCCUGGGACGCAUCCUCCGAGCCAAGCGCCGUAACGACGAAGGCUUCAACGCCUUCUUCUACUCCCUCGUCUCCAAAGACACCCAAGAGAUGUACUACUCCUCCAAGCGCCAGGCCUUCCUCGUCGACCAGGGGUACGCCUUCAAAGUCAUCACGCAGCUCGCCAACAUCGAAAAGACCCCCGACCUCGCCUUCGCCACCCCCCUCGAGAGCCGCGAGCUACUACAACGCACACUGGUCGACAACGAGCGCGGCGCCGAGGACGACGUCGAGACCGACGACCUGUUCGGCAAGCCCGGCGGGCGGGGAUCCGGCGGCGGGCGGGGCGGCAGGCGCGGCGGCAACGGCGUUCGCCGUACUGCUGGCAUGCUGAGCGAGCUGGCUGGUGGCCAGGAUAUGGCCUACAUCGAGCAGAACAAGGCGGCGAAUAAGGCGCUCAAGGGCAAGGGCAAGAAGGGCGCUGGCGGGGACGGGCAGAGCAAGUUCUUUAAGGGUAUUCAGAGGGAGAAGGAUAAGAGCCGCGGGAGGGGGUGAAGGGAUGUGCGUUUUGUGGAUGGGGAUGGGAGACGUACGUAUGUACAUACGAUACGAUACAUAUUGGAUGGCGCUCUACCAGGUGCCGGUUUCCGUUUUUUUCUUUUGGUGUGUUUGUGCUAGAGGACACGAGGUGGUUGGUUGUUUGUAUAACAAACAUGAAACAGGACUGGGUUUGGUUUGGGGGAUUCAACGAAUACUGGCGUUCAUUAGAUUGGGCAGGGGUUACACUAAGUAAUCAUUCACCGUCAGAAAGAGCGGUUGGAGAUUGGGAAGUAUAGCGAUUGAUUAUGAACACUCAAUGAGCGAUCGAACGGCUCAACCAUCUGUCCCCCAAUAAGACGGUGACGGGGGCCUAUUGUAUGUA